UUUUCUUUUUCUGCUUUUGCGUUUUUGGGGUCUUCUCUUCUCAUUCUUCUCUUUCUCUUCAAUCUCAUUCCUUUGAAGAAAGAGAAAGAACAAAGAACCAAGAGGACCCCACACAACACAACACACUUAAACAACACAAACCUUGUUUCUUGUUGAAUUUCUUCAUAGUCUUUUGUCCCAAAUAGUUGAAUUUGUCACAACCACUGUUUCCCAUACAACACAACACCAUAAAUUAUUAUUAUUACUAAUAAAUAAAUUAAUUCAUCAAUUUCCAAAACCCUUUUUUUGUCAAACCUUCUUCCUUCCCCGCUUUGGUGUUAUCAUCAAUCUCAUCAAUUUUUGACCUUUUCUGAAAAAUCCCGUGCAUUUAUUAUACUUUCCCCUGUUUCCAAUUGUAAAAAGAUUAUUUUUUUUAAUUUAAAAAUUUGAUAUUUUUUCCUCUUUGUCAAUGAUAUUGUGGAGUAUACGUGUUCCUGUUUCUCGUUUCUGAAAUUAAAGGAAAAAAAAUAAAACAUAUAUUUUUUGCUUUGUUCCUUCUCCUUCCUUGUUCCUUCUAUUUGCUUUUCCUUAAUACAUACAAAAACUUGAGUUGAAGUUUCUUAUAUCAUCAUCAUCAAGUUUGCAGUUGCUGGAGAGAGAAAAGGAGAAGCAAAUUUACAUGCUCUAGAAUCUUACUUUGAUCUUGUUCUCUCUGCUUUUUCUGAAGAAAGAGGAAGGAAUUUGUACCUAUUAUGAACAUAUAGCAUCUUGAAUUAUGGGUUGGCUUAGCAAAUUUUUUAAAGGCUCCGACCAAAAGAUUUCGGAAGGGCAUUACCAUUCAUAUUAUAACGGGGAUGCGAAUUCUUACUUGCCGUCGACGUCUGGUGUAACAAAUGAUGUUUGGCCUGAGAAUGAGAAAGAAGAUAUAGAUCAUGCCAUUGCAUUAUCUCUGGCAGAGCAAAAUCAUAGAGGAAACCAUGUAAAUGACUACAGAUCUCAAUUAGAAGAAGAUGAACAACUUGCCAGAGCUAUAGAAGAAAGCCUAAAUCUAGAGUCUCCUCCCAAAUAUGGAAACGAAAACAUGUAACAACCCCAUCCGGCGGUUCCAAUUCCAGUACCAGUGUAUUUCCCAAUGGGAUCAAGGAUUUGUGCCAGCUGCCAUAAUGAGAUUGGUUAUGGACGAUACCUAAAUUGUUUGAAUGCUUUCUGGCAUACUGAAUGCUUCCGCUGUCAUGCUUGCAACCUACCGAUCUCUGAUUAUGAGUUCUCCACGUCGGGAAAUUACCCUUACCAUAAAUCAUGCUAUAAGGAAAGCUACCAUCCAAAAUGGCACAUCCAUUCUGGGUCCAAAAAUAUUGCCCUUCUCAUGAACACGAUAACACUCCAAGAUGUUGCAGCUGUGAGCGAAUGGAGCUACAAGAGGCUGGAUAUAUCAGUCUUAAUGAUGGCCGGAAGCUUUGCUUAGAGUGCCUCGACUCUGCUAUCAUGGAUACAAGCGAAUGCCAACCGCUUUAUGCCGGUAUACAAAGAUUUUAUGAAAGCUUAGACAUGAAAUUGGAGCAGCAAAUUCCACUGUUCUUGGUUGAAAGACAAGCCCUGAACGAAGCAAGAGAGGGGGAGAAGCAUGGCCACUAUCACAUGCCGG